CCAAGCGAAAGUUUAUUUGGAUUUCCUUGCCUUAAAUUUCACAGUUCUGGGAUAAGAAUAGCUUGGAGAUAAUCACAUUUGAUUUGGGGUUGUAAGAGCCUAGAAAAACCCUCCAUACUGCUUCCUGUAUGCAAUUUCUGCAAGAGCAAUGCUUGCCACCUCAACCUCCGGAUGAGGGGAGGGAAUGUGAAUACACACGGUGGAAACGCACUAGCCACUUAGAUUAGUGGGAUGCCAUUCUAGAGUUAGUGAACAAACCUAAAAGUGUAUAUACUACAACUAAAGCUUACAUUUGGGGGACAGGGUUAACAUGACAAGGAAAGAAAUACCAAAAAACUUCAAGAGUCCUCAAAGUUCUGGCUGGACGGUGGCUCACACCUGUAAUCCCGGCACUUUGGGAGGCUGAGGCAGGCAGAUCACCUGAGGUCAGGAGUUCGAGACCAGCCUGGCCAACACAGUGAAACCCUGUCUCUACUAAAAAUACAAAAACUAGACAGACAGUAGUGGCACACAUCUGUAAUCCCAGCUACUCGGGAGGCUGAGGCAGCAGAAUUGCUUGAACCCGGGAGGCAGAGGUUGCACUGAGCCAAGAUCACACCACUGCACUCCAACCUGGGCCACAGAGUGAGACUCUGUCUCAAAAAAAGAAAAAAAAUAGUCGCCAAAGUUAUUUUAUUUUGAUUUAUAAUUUUUACAGAUGCAGGCAACAUGCUUCCGGUCAGAGCUAAUGAAAUGGAGGCCGAAUUAGAGCGUUGGCUUUAGGAAUGGGAAUUCAGUGCCUGUUCUGGUUCUUCUCUUCACAAUUAUCAGCAAAAGCAAAGGUUUAGAAAAGAGACAUUACCUUUAAUAUACUUAGAAACAAUCUCACAGCCAUUUCCUAGAAUGAAAGAACAUUAAAACCUUUCAAUUUGAUGACCAACUUAACAAGGGGUAAAAGAAAUAAAUGUUGGAGAACAGGAAACAGGUUCUUCCUUUUUACUCCCAUACAUGUUAAAUACUGUUCAUAGAGUCACAAAAAUCGUUUACCCCUUACAGAAACCUGGAACCAGAAGGCCCUUCAGAAAGCAAGUGGUACAAAAACCUUCACCGUAUAGGCAAGAAAAUUGGGACCCACUGGCCGUGACUCGGCCCAGGCUACAGAGUCAAAACCAGAACCUUGACAUUCUGAAAUCAGGUUCAUUGCUGUCAUCAUUGUUCCAUGCUGAGAGUUUUCUUAGGAAAAAGAAUAAAGUGGGGGAAUCUUUCCAAAAUUGUGACUAUGGAGCUCGAAAGUACAGAUUUAAAUCUUGAGUUAACAGACCAUACAGGUUUUACUUAAGAGAUAUUCAAGAAAACUCAUUUAAAUAACUCCUCCAACCUAACUCCAAAAAGGCUUUCUUGGCAGUCUUGGAUCAAUGGCAAUUAAACUUCCAGCCUAGAGCUGGAAAUAACAAACAUCAAACGUAAACACCAUCUUUCACAUUCUCAGUGUUCUCCUUGUCUCUCUACCUAGUCUGCUCUUUUCUGAAAACAACUGGGACACAUUCACUCCAACUUGACUUGCCAUGGGCCUAGUCUAUGAUAGGGUUCAUAAUAACAUCCUUCAACAUAGCGUUGCAAGAGCUGGCGCUGUUUGUUUGGGUAUGGCCACAAUUGCCUCUGCACCUUGUGUGUAUUACACACACUGUGUAUUCCAUGCCAACGAAGGGGUAAGAUAUGGCUGCAUUAUUUAGGGCUAAGUGCUAAAUAAAUAAUGAACAGCUAACCAUUAGCAGAUCUAGUAGUCGAUUUCUUACCCUACUCUCUUCCUGCAAUCAGCUUUCCUAACCAUGCCUAGCUCCAAUCUUACUGGGUAACACAGACGGUGCCAGCACAGUCAACAGCCAUAUCUAAGCCUUUCCUCUGGGGUCCAUAAAAACAAAACUCCCGAGGAGCUGUGGGGGUGCACCGUGGCCAGGGAUCGUCGCCGAAUACAGCCCGCACACGUCGCAGCUUUAAAUAAGUAGGGCCGUGGGGCCCGGCGCUCCCUUCCAUCCUUGGACGGAAUGUAUCUUCUCUUCCUACGCCUUCACCUCCGAGGGGUAAGGUCUCGUGAGAUACAAUAUGCAGACGCCAAUUUUGGGGCGAGCCGGAGGCCGUGCCCGUCUAACCUGCGGUGACGGGAAAGCGGAGGGUAAGGCAAGAGCUGCUGUAGGCGCCAGCCAACAGGGACUCUCCGAACCGGAAGUGCCCCGCGUCGCCAUGGCUACAGGCGCUCCCAGCAGAACCCGUAGCGUUCCGUUCCCAUGGCAACGGUAUUGUCUCCUGGGCCGGACCCGGGUCGCGGAAGGUAACUGGGGACCUCGCAGGCUGUGCAGCUUUCGCGAGGCACCGCUUUGGCGCCCGGACCGAGGAAGAAGAUGCAAGCCAGCCCCAUCCGUAUCCCAACUGUUAGCAAUGACAUCGACUGGGAUUUCUGCUUCCGUAUGCCUCCCAGUUCAGGCCAAGAAACAUGCUACGUCAGCCAAGAAUACACUGUUGACCUGGAAGGCAAAUACGACCUCAGAUAAGGAGAAAGAGGAAAUCCUGGAAGCUCUGGUCAAGCUGUACUACACUCUGGGCGUGGUCUGGCUCCUGCAGAACCGUGGCAGAGAAGCCUAUUUCAACCUGCAAAAGGCAGAGAGAAACAUGAAGGAGCUGAAAGAAUUAUAUAAAGGAGGUGUUUGUGAAUUACAAGUCUCUGAGAACGACCUAACACUUGCUUUGGGCAGAGCCUCCUUGGCCAUCCACAGACUGAACCUAGCUCUGGCAUACUUUGAAAAGGCAAUUGGCGAUGUUAUUGCUGCCAAGGGUGAUAGGACGUCAGAUCUGAUCAGCCUGUACGAGGAAGCUGCUCAGAUAGAGCAGCUAAGGAGGAACCACAACCAGGCCAUCCAGUACUUGCAGCAGGCUCAUUCUGUCUGUGUUUCUUUGUUCACUGAAGUCAGCCCCAAAACUGCAGAAAUAAGUGCGUUACUGGCCAAAGCUUAUGCCAUGUCUGGAGAGGCCCAGCACAGGGAUGCUGUUGAGAUAUAUUUCAUAAAAAGUAUCAAUGCAUAUCGAGCAACAUUGGGCUCAGAGGAUUUUGAAACACUGAGCACCACUGAAGAAUUUUGCAAAUGGCUCUUCCAAAAUGGAGAAAAACAGGAGGCUUACAGACUGCUAAAGGCUUCAUUAAAGUCCCAGGUAUUCAGCUACAGUGACUACAGCAAAAAUGUGGCUGAAACUUUUCAUAAUACGGGCAGGAUCUGCUUUGCCAAAGGAGAGCCCAGAAAGGCAAUUCAGCUGCUGAGGAAGGUGACUUUUGGCUGGUUUCGUUACAUCUUCCCCUGGGCUUGUAAGCAGGAUGUGAGGAGGGAUGUAUGUACAUAUGUAUGCAUGUAUAUAUGUAUUUUCCCUUCCCUUCCAUUUCAUUCCAUCUCUCUUUCCUUUUCUAAGUGAUGUGUUAUCUUUUAAAAAUUGUCUGCUUUGUUAGAUAUGCUGAGGGAGAAUAUGACACAAAAACUUUAGUUGAGUCCCUAUCUGGACAAGAGUCUUAAAAGAGUAACACCCUAAUCUUGAAAUCCAAGUAUGAUAGUGGCAGAAUCUCUUGAAAGCACUUCAAGGUUGGGUGGAAUUAGUAAUACCUUGUUUAACCAUCCGUACCCAAGUACUCAUUUCCCUUCCAGAGAGCUCAUUCCCUUGCAGUGGGGUGUGGCAAGAGGUGUUCAACCAGUCAGUGUACUGACAAUGAAUCUAAAGGCUUAGUAAAAUAGGUAGGGAUGUCUCUACAUAAAACCUAAGUUUAUUCAAAGUCAGAGGAAAAGUUGGUAAAGAUCAAGUAAUACUCAAAUGAGCAGAGGGUGGAGUCAGAAGCAGUCUACAUCAGGUUCGCAGGGAUUUUCAUCUGAUUUCAGGGUAACCUAAUGUGAUCAGAAAAUAGUAAAUAACAGAAGAAAGAGGAACUCAUUUUGAAGAUUCAGAGAAAAAGCCCCCUGAAAGUAAGUUAUAGGAGCCAGAAUAGCUUUUCCAGGGAAGCAUGAACACGCGGAUGACAUCUGGGUAAUGGGGGCAGAAGCCUGAAAGGAGAGAAAACUUUGAAAUGAAAAGAUGACAAUCUGAAGAUAAGAAAUGAGAUGAAAUGGAAAAUGAUGAGUGAAAUGAGCAGGGGUUCCAGGGAAACAAGUCUAAUAAAAUUCAAAUCCACAUUGAAAAUAAUGAAGACUCUUAA